GUCUAUUCAGUGGCUUUCUCGUUUGACUCAAAGAUGAUAGCUUCUGGGUCAAUGUGGGAUACUGUCAAGAUUUGGGAUAGCACAACCGGCAAGCGGAUACGGACUCUGAGCAGUAACAGAGUCGGUCAGAUUCUUUCGGUGGCGUUCUCAAAUGACUCAAAGCGUCUGAUAUCUGGGACACGUUAUUAUUUCAACGACACCUGGGAUCUGAGGACGGGAAAGUGCUUGAAUUCAUUCGGAAGUUCAGGGGGCCAGCUGUGUGUUGCCAUCUCGCCCGACUCAAGGCUUGUGGCAUCGGGUUUGACUAAUAAUACCAUCAAGAUCUGGACGACGACCGAUACGGGAAACAAAUGCCUUCGGACGCUGCAGGGCCAUGAUCGAAGUGUCCAAUCAGUGGCCUUCUCGCAUGACUGCAGAUUCAUAGCAUCUGGAUCAUACGAUGCUACCAUUAAGAUUUGGGAGGUUGAGACGGGCGACUGCUUACAAACGUUGGAAGGGCACAGUCAGGGCGUUAGCUCGGUGGUCUUCUCGCACGACUCCAAGAUGUUAGCUUCUGGGGGGGCCGACAAGACUGUCAAUAUUUGGGGUGUCUUGACAGGCAGUUUCCAAACGCUCCAAGGCCAUCGUGACGGUGUGACCUCGGUGGCCUUUUCGGACGACGCAAGGAUGCUAGCUUCCGGGUCCAGCGACAGCACCAUCCGGCUAUGGGACGUCACAAAUGGCAAUUGCCUACAGGUGCUUGAGGGUCAUUGUGACGGGGUCCUUUCAGUGGCCUUUUCGCAUGACUCAACUCGGUUAGCAUCUGGUUCGAGCGAUGGUACUCUCAAGAUAUGGGACAUCUCCAUCUUGCUUACCAUGCUGUCGCCCAGCGGUGUCAACUCGCCAACCGCUCCUUUGCGAAGCUUU